AUGGCGGGGCCCUGCUGCCAUCAUCAGAGGUUCACCCGUGCAGGGAGCGCUGGGGGCGAGCAGGCGGCACCAGGAAGGCGCAGACGAAGGCCCGCGUCGCACUAUCGCUGCGGUAUUCGUCGCCGGGCAGAUCCACGCCCCAGGAACGGCAGGAAGGGGCGGAAGGACGGCUCUAGGGGAGGGGGCACGGAAACGGGGAAGAGCCGGGCGGAGAGCGCCCAGAAGCGGCGGGGAGCCGCCGGGACCCGGCGCCGGGGGGCCGCCGCGCAGCAGGAAGGGCGCAGCACCGCUCGGCUCCUUCGAAAAGGGGCUCGACGCCGCCGCAGGGAGCGCCGAGGCGGCCGCGCGGGGCUUCGAGGCCGGCGCUCCCGGCGGCGUUCCCUCGCCUACCGGCUCCGCGAACCCGCACGGCUCCGGGGCCGCGGGCCGGAGCUCGCCGGGCGACGGGAGGAAGCGGCCGCCUCCCGCCCGCUGCCGGCCAAUGAGCGGCGGGCGCGGGGCGGGCGGGGCGCGGAGGCGCCCGGCGGCGGAGCAGGCCCGGCGGGGCCGCGCGUGACGCACUUCGGUAACACGAGUCCCGCCCGGCGCCGCGCGGCCCCGGCCCGAUGGGCCCCGGGAAAGGGGGGGGCGGGGGAGCGGGCGGGCUGCAGCGGGAGGGGCAGCGCUUCCACACGGCCCAACACCGAAGGGAAGGGAAGGCGGGAGCGGGUUGGGGCCGGGCAGCGCGGAGAGGAGAAGGGCGAGCGGGGCUACGGGAGCCCGCGGGGAGCUGAGCGCGGAGCCGGGGGAGAAACCGACCGCGAACGCAAUAAUAAAAAGGAGAAGCCCCGAGCUCCGCGCCGCCUCGGCGGCUGGAGUUGGAUCCGGGCUUUAUUUUAUGUUAUUUUGGCCGUCAGUCCGCGCACAGAACACGAGCGGGGCAGCAGCUCGGCCGUGCAGGGCGGAGCGCCCCGAACAAAAGUGGCGCCAAAAGCCCCCGGCACGGCCGCCGACCUUCCGCCUCCUCCUCCUCCCCCACCGCAGCCGCCCAGGCUCCGGCUGCACCCCGCCGCACGCGGCCCGGCCCGCUUCGCGCACAGUCAGUCACCGCAAUCACCACCGGCAGCGCCGCGCCGACCCGCCCGGCUCUACGCGCUGCGGCGGCCGCCCCGAAGCGCUCGGAAAGGCCGCGGGGUCCCACAAAGGCCCGGCCGCGCGAAGCGGGGCAGCGCAGCGACAGCGGGCGUCGUCGGGGCGGGGGGGGGAAAGAACGGCCCGGGCCUCCGGAGCGCUCCUGCCGGCCCCGCUCCGAGCAGAAGGAGCCGACGAAGGAGCGCGUCGCGCCGAGCCGCGGCCGGGCGCCGUCGGGCGCGGGCCGCGAUGUCCCCGCACGUCCCGGCUCGGCCCCCGGCGGCCGCCGCUCCGUUUCCCGUCGCCCUCCUCCGCUCCGGCCGUGCCCUCCCCGCCCGGCAGCGCGCACACAAUGCCCGGGUCCUCCAUCUUGCCGGCAGCCGCCGCUCGGCUCGGGGGAAGGGGGAGGAGGAGAAGGAGGUUCUCCAUUUUAGCUCGCCGAGCGCCGGGCCCGGCCUGCCCGCGGCCCACCCCGGGGCGGAGGAGCCGUGCCCGCGUGCCCCGCGCCGAGGGGCCGCUUUCGGGGCCCUCCGCUCUCGGCCGCUCUCGCGCCCCCUCCCCGCCGCGCGCGCCGGGGUGGGGGGUGCCGGCGCGGCGCGGGGCCCGGAGCGUUUUGGCGGCUCGGCCCCGCCGUCCUCCAUCUUGGCCGCGCCGAAGCCCCGCGGCCCGCCGCGCCCCGGCCCGGCCCCGCUCCGCCGCCGCGCGCCCCGCUCCCGCGUCCCCCCUCCAAACUUCCAGAAGCUUCGCCGCCAUUUUCUAACUUACCUUGCCCAGCGUCGGCGCGGGCGGCGAGGAGGCCCGGGCGCGGCGCCGCGCUCCUCCGUUCCCGGCUCGGCCGCCGCUCGCGCGCCCGGCCCGGCCCGGAGACGUGCCGGCGGGGGGGUCUGGGCCCGGCGGGGAGCGGGCAGGUUAUUUAAUUUGGCGGCGGCGCCGGGGAUUGUUUGGGGUGUUCGCGGCUCGGCGGCUCGCGAGCGAAUGGAGGCCGCAGGCGCCACCUGGCGGCCGCCGGGCGCGGCCCGCUCUCCUGGGCGUGGGGCGACAUCUGCCGGCCGGCCGCGGCGAGCGGCGCCGCGCGGGGUAAACAAGGCGCUGCGCGUGCGCGGCCCGCUCCCCGGCUCGUCCGGGCGCGGAGCCACGGGGCCGCGCUGA